AUGGCUGCCUCCAAGCACAACCCACCACCGCGCUACGCCUCUAACACCCCCGAGGCUCUCCAAGGCCUCCCGACAUACAGUCCCUUUGGUUCUGGUUGGCCUCGCAUGUCUGGGUACCAGCGCCAUAGCGACGAGGUCGAGCAAGAGACGGCGCCGUUGCUUGGGGCUGGGUGUGCGAGCUCUGGUGAUCCUGGAGAGCAAGUAACAGGCGAACCGUUCUCGAGCAGUAGGAGUCCGUCGCGUCGUGCGUCGAUUCAAAAGUUCGAUUCAUUGCUCCACGCUACAUCUACGUCGUGUUCCUUAACUAGUUGGAAUACCGUGUAUCCUCCAACUUCUUCUACGUUGUCGAGUCUGAGCAUGGACGAUCCACUGACGUCCUCCAGUACCACCCUCGUCGUCCCCGCGCCCACGCCCGAGGAACCCUCCCUCUUAUCCCGCCUCUUCGACUUUAUCCGCAGCCUCUUCCGCAGCGUUGUCGACUCUUUCUCGUCUCCUCGCCCGCCUCCUUCUCCUCUCCUCCCGGUCGCUUCUCCUCCCGCUGCUCCCCCAGCUCCCCCGGCUCCUCCUGUCCCUCCCUCUUUUGAAGUGGAUUCGGGAGAUUUGGUCCAGUCCUCCUUCGACGAGGACGAGGAAGUCAUCGGGAUGUUGCCGCGUGGCAGCCCGUAG